GCAAAGAUCCAGGAAUUGAUGGACUACCGCAGGGUGGUCAACAAAUUCCAGUUAUAUGCGCUGGUCGUUCAAUUCGGCAUGCUGGUGUCGCUUUUGGCUUUUGCGGUGCACCGCAUCUGGGAAAUUGUUCAAAAUGCAGACUCUCCGCCCAUGAAGGUCACUACGUCGCACUGGCAAGGUCUAGGAAAGUGGGCACUGUGUCCUUACACGCACCAGAAAGUUGAGUGGGCAGGGCUGGGCUUCUAUUAUCGACACGAAGGCUGGGAAAGAUGGAUGCCUUACAGUUACAAGAAAAUUAAUGAAACCAAUGUUGAGGUUGAGACAUACUUGAGUAUGGAUUCCCACACAAUGGCCAACUCGCACAUGCUCACAGAUAGAAUUCCAAUUGAGAUGUUUGACGGGGCGUUGCUUAGCUGCUCGGUAAUCGAUUUGACGGAUGUGCAAGCCAAGCCUCCGAUGAGCUUCAGCAUCUGUUCCGACACAGAGCGCUUCUUGAUGCUGCACAACAACAAUGGCUGGGAUGUAGCAUUUCAUUUAGCAACGGGCCAGAACUACUGGACCUUGAAGCUGUCAGAAUACAUACACGGGCAUGACACUGGGUUUUCAACAUCUACACAACUCUUCCACACGGCCUCGACUCUGUUGUCCAGUCCGGGUGAGAACAUACCACAGCUGAACAAGCUUUGCGCGUGGAAGCGGUUUGACUCUGCCGCAUCGUCGGCAUCAGAGGCUGAAGGACCUGAUCGUACAUAUGCCUACCGCAUCAUGGUGACCGAUACAUCGAUCCCGGUCACCAUAGUUCAGGGCAUUGUGGCGCAGCUUUUCAGUUUGAUGAGCAGUUUGGGGGGGUACUUUGCCACACUGUCCACAGUCUUUACAUUCGUCUUCGUCAGGCAGUACCCGGAAAGCAGAAUUGCGCGUAUGUAUGAGCGGCGCACAAUCCGCGGACAGGAACUACCUGGCGACCCGCCGAGCGAUGAAGAGGGCGGAGCGUCCCCAUCCGAACCAAGACGGCCCAAUGCGCCACAAAGUGAAGUCAUGGGCUUGGUGCACGCGCAGCGCCAGGAAGAAGCGAGAGCAAAACCUGGCCUGCCUGCCCUGCCGCCUGGAAUAGUGUAUCCAGGUCCUCACGCAACAGAGUAG